UUCAAGUUUCUCACUCUACUGUAAUACCAAUAUCAUGGAGUGCUAGUGUUUCAGAGUAACUUUGUGUGGAGAUAUUUGGACUUUGGAGAUGCAGUAAACAGGGAAGAAGCAUAAGCCAAGGGACUACUCCAAGUUCUAAAGAAAGCAUUGCUUGGAAGUUUCUAGCAUCAAUGAUGCAUGAAUCUAUUGAAUUUUGAGUCGGUCUUCAAGACAAUUUCAAGUCUUUGGUUCUUUUGCCCUCCCUCUUCUUUCCUUCCUCAAUAAAAUCCCCUUUCUUCAGAAAAAAAGGAGGAUAGAGAUUUGAUAAGAAGAAGCAGAGGAAACCUGUGAGCUAGCAUGGAUCCCAGACUGUAUCGUGCCGCAGUUGAAGGGGACAUAUCUCUCCUUCAUGAGGUGGUUGUUGAGCAACCGAUUGAACACAUACCAGAGCUACUACUCCAAAACAUCACAGCCCAAAAGAAUAAUGUUCUUCACAUCGCAGUAAGAUCGAGUCACUGGAAAUUCGUAAGUCAUGUAAUUGGGCAGUGUCCAUCUAUUUUGGCGCAGACAAACUCCAAUGGUGAGACUCCACUUCAUAUUGCAGCAAAGGAAGGCCUCUUACGAAUGCUUUACUUUAUGGUUAUAUGCUUAUGCAAUGUCAAUGUUGGUGCAAAAGCUACCGAGGAGCUGUUGAAGAUGAAGUUGUUGGUAGAUGAAGACCCUUUCUCUUAUGAUGUUGAAAGGGGACCGGAAGCCGAAUUUCACUAUUUCCAAACAAAAUUCAAAGGCCCAAUUCGCACUGUGCCUCAUAUCUUACAAGCUUCUCCUUUGUCUGUCUACUCCGGCUCGGCUGCCAGAACCACUUUGCAUCAAGCAAUUAUUGCCAAUAAUGGUUUAGAUAUAUGUGUAUGGGCAGAAACAUUUCCUGAGAUGAUAAAGAAAAAAGAUGCAUUUGGUUGGACUCCAUUGCAUUACGCUUCUUACUUUGGUUUCUCCCACUCUGUUCGCAUUUUGCUGGGUAUUGAUAAAUCUUGUGCUUAUGAGCCUAACAAGAGUGGAAUGUAUGGCCAUCUCAUUGCUGCUCAUGAAGGCCAUGACUCUGUAAUCAGGGAGUUCUACGAGCAUUGUCCAGAUUGUUUUGAAUUGCUUGAUAGUCAAGGCCGGGCUGCACUUCACAUUUCUGCGGAGUCUGGAGAAUCCAAUGAGGUUGUUUACUUUCUCCUACAGAAAACACAUCAUCAUAUCAAUUUGCAGGACGAUAGAGGAUACACACCUUUUCUUCUAGCAUCUAAAAGCCAAAAUCAAAGUAUUUUGGAAAGUCUAAGAAAUCACCCUAAAAUUCAUGGGAUUGGGAGCGGCAUAUUUGAACGCCAAGUGGAGGCUUUUCUUGUUGCUAAUGAGGAUGAAACAGCAACAUCCCUGGAAAUCAAAGUCCCACAGAAUUCCAAGAAAGCAAAGCAAAAGGUUGGAGCAUCUCAAAUAUGGCAAUUACAAUCCAAAGGAAAUGAGGCCGGAGAAGCAAGAAAGGAUGACAUAUCUCGUCGCCUAAAGGACAAAGCGAGUAUCCAUUUGUUGGUGGCAACACUUAUAGCCACAGUAAGCUUUGCAGCUGGUAUCAACAUGCCUGGUGGGUACAAAGGUGAUGGUCCAUAUCAAGGAAUGGCUAACUUAACAAAGAAACCAGUUUUCCAAGUAUUCGUGGUCUCAAACUCUCUAGCUUUCUGUUUCUCAGCUGCCUCCAUUGCAAUCCACUUCAUGAUUAUUAUUGAGCGUCGUGUUAUAAACAGGGCAGUUUUACUUUUGUGUGCUCUGUUUCUAACUUUCGUCGGCCUUGUAGGAAUGGUAACAGCAUUCAUUUCAGGCAUGAUUGCAGUGUUAGCUGCCUCCGUUGCUGUCUGGGUAACCUUUUCUAUAAUUGGUUGCUGCUUUUUCUUGGUUUUAUAUGUGAUCAUAGGACCACCUUUCAGAAACAGAAGAGUGUCUGUGGAUGUCAACAAACUUCAGCGAGCAGGAGAUGGGCAAGAGAAAGAUCCAUCUGUAUCAGAAAACAUCAAUGAACUUCAUGACAAGGAAGAUGAAAGCCAGUUUCUAUACAAACUUACUCAUGUUUUGCUUCGAGGGUCAAAAUGACGAGGGUAUAUGAGCAUGAAUAAACUGGGGAUUGUUUUACUUCUCAAUUUUGUGCUCUUCCUUUCUUAUGUAUCUAAAUAUCAAGCUAUUUAUCCAUAUCCAAUGAAAUAUAUAUGUAGCAGGAUAUGGUAGUGAUACUUUCAAUAAAAUAUAUACCUUAUUGGGAUACUGAGUCUACUUCCUUCCUACCUUUUAUAUGAUAUGAUUUGUAAACUAUGCAAAUCUUAAAAAUUUUACUAUUUGCUAAUGGUACCAAGUUUAAUGCAUUGAACAGAAAACAGUUUCAGUCUUGGGUAACUUGUUGAGUACAACAGAUGACUACAUCCAGUUUAAUGCAAAAGAAUACUUGGGAAAAAAAAAACCCAGUGAGAAUAGGAUUACAUAAAAGAAAGAUACAAAUAUGUUAUACAACAGAUAUCAAUAUCCUGCUUAUGUAAGACUGAAGAACAAAUCCUGCUCUCAAUCCCUCGUUCAAAGGUCCAGGACUUUCAUUGAUCCACUUCAACAACGGUUAACCUCAUGUUUUCCCCCAAUGUUUUGCACAGUUAGAUUCAAAGCCAUUACUCAGAGAAUGUAAGUGCUAAUAAUAAACAUAAAGCAUUCACUAAUGUGGCUGACUUACACCUUCAUGAAUGUAACAACUGAGUCAUCAUAAGAGCUCAGAGCAGCAAUGACUGAUCCUGUUGUUGUAAAUGCUGACAGUACAUCUGGAUACUCUUUCCAGGAAGUCUUGAUUUUAAGAGAAGGGUACAACCAAUGCUUUAUGGAAUCCAAAAACAAGUUGGGACAGAGUCAAAAAGACUUCUAUUAUGUUUGUCUCGAAUUCUUGACCCGUUUUGAAGAUUGAUCCGCUCCAACAAAAUUUGGUGAGGGA